GCAAGGGAUCGCUCUGACAUCCGAUUCAUUGUCAAGAAUUGAUAGACUAACUAACCUUCAAGAACUAAGUCUAGAAGACGCGAUCAUCGAGGAGGGGAAAGAAUGGAACAUGGAAGAUGUCACCUUCGAGAAACUCAAAUCUCUAAAAUUGAAUAGUGUGGAAUUUUCUGAAUGGCAGGUUGAUGCAGAGAAAUCGUUUCCCGUGCUCAAGAAACUAUAUAUAAGUAGAUGUGAUAAGGUUAUGGAAAUCCCAGACAGUUUUGGAGAUAUUGCGUCAUUAGAGCUUAUCAUAGUAUGGGGCAGCCCUCAGCUUAGAAAUUCGACUUUCAGUAUUAAGGAAUAUGUUGAAGAAAUGACCGGAGAAGACAAGCUUGAGAUCAGAUCAGAUCGAGCCAGCGCAUACAAAUUCUCAAGACAUUAAUAACUGUUUAUCAAGUCUAAACAGUGCUAGCUAUCAGCCCUUGUGUUCUUUAUUAUAACGGAUGAGAUAUUGUAUGCGUGCUUGCUUUUCAUUACCAUGUAUUAGUUGUAAUCUACAAACCAUUAUUUAGCCCAUCUUGACUCAG